AUGUUGCCACUUUCUGCGCUCGUAAUCCUCGGGGCUGUGGGGACUUUCUGCACCUUCACGUUCCUGUUCGCAAUAUAUCAUACAAUCAAAACUAAGAUUGAAGCACGACGCCUCAGAAGCGCUGAACCGGAUAAUGGCAUGGCUCUACCACUGACAGAAACUGCAGUGGCCUCUGACACAGGUCUGAGGACUCAGAGAUUAACACGGGGAGCAACACCCUCGCCACCACCAAUUGCGCGCCCUCAUACGCCAGAAGCAGAAUAUCCGCCUCCUCUACCACAGGAGCUGGACCUGGAAGACAGAUUGGGCCCAGCAGAGACGGCACCGCCGUUACAGUUUCCACGGAUACUGCGAAAAGACACGUCCAAUGGGGGAUUCUUGACACCCUCACCACGGGGGUACGAGGCCCAGGCAGACGACUUCAUCCGAGCGGAAACGCCGCCACCUCUUCAUCCCAUAAACCGAGACAGUCUCAGAACCAGAAGAGACAGGGACAGCAUGCACGAAAUAUAUGAAAUAUACAGUAAGCUGCCGGCGACGCCUAAGUCGGCUCCGCCCAGAAUCACAACAUUCGCGAUGGCGGAAAGUAAAUGGGCAUACUUUGGGCAGAAGCGCGCCGAGGAGAUGGAGAUGAUCUGA